AUGGAGAAAGAUUUUCAUAUCGAUACGAUAUUUGAAGAAACAUUCUAUUGCCGCUUUCGUUCGUAUUUGCUAUGGACAAGUAUUGGUCAACUCUACUGGAACUACGUCCUUCUGGCAUUCUUUCAUUUUGUUCGAGUUGUUCAUCCCAAACGGUUAUAUCUUCAUCGACCAUCUCUUUACCUUUUCAUCUUCAUUCCUCUGCAAUCAUCAGUAGAACUCGUCGGCAAUCUCCCAGUACUCUUUCUUUUUGAUGGUAUACAUCUUUUACCGAACGAAGCCUAUUGUAGCUUAGUACUUCGACCGUUCUAUAUAUUGCUCUAUGUAUCGACGAUUGGCUUCUUUAUACCAUACGGUCUUCUAUGCACUUUUAACGUAUGGAUUGGAAGAGAAAUUCGUCAAUCGACAACACGAGCUCUUCGUGAACGUAAUCAACGAGAUUAUCUUGUUAUACGUCGAAUGCUAAUGAAUUCAUUCAUUCUCUGUGGAGUAACAGUACCAUACUUUGUCCUUUACAUCAAAGGUGUUCUUCAAAAUCGAUUCGAUGUCUCCCGUUGA